AUGGACCCCGCACCAUCCGCAGACCCAAUCAGGCGGAUGCUCGAGACGUACAACGAGUUAAACAGUAGUCAGAUCACGGAACUUCAGGAGGUGCCUUCGCCGUUGGAGUUUAUGAGGUUUUGGAAAGCAACCCAAACAUGGAACGCUUCAACCCUCAAAGAAGCCAUGGCGGGAAUGAGCGUCAAUGUCGCUGUGACACCUGAAGGCAACGCAGACGCCCCAACCCGCACCGAGAACAAUGAAAUCCUCUUCACCAAACCCCACGAAGAAGACCAACCUUUUGAUGAGUUUUUGGACUACAUCAUAACCCAAGAAAACACCGGCCGCCUCCCAGGUCAAGAAAUCCGAUACGCGCAGACUCAAAACAACAACCUCCCUUCCGAAUACCCUCCCCUCUCCAAGGAUAUCCCCCCCUCCCUCCCCUUCAUCCGCAUAGCCCUCUCCUCCUUCCCCGACGCAACAAACCUCUGGAUCGGAAACUCCUACUCCGUAACCUCACUCCACAAAGACCCCUACCAAAACAUCUACGUCCAGAUCCUCAGGCACAAACACUUCACUCUCCUCCCUCCCCUCUUUCAACCCUGCGUCGCCGAAACCCUCUUACAAGCAGCCAGCUACACUCGCAACCCAAGCGGCGCCCUCGAGCUUCAGAAAGAGGACCAGGAGGUGCCAGUCGCGUUAUACGACCCGGACGUCCCCGGCACAGGACGAGAGCGGUAUGAAGAUCUAGCGCGUCCCAUGCGUGUAACGCUUAAUCCAGGGGACAUGUUAUACCUGCCCGCGCUGUGGUAUCACAAGGUCAGUCAGAGCUGUGGGGAGGAGGGGAUGAGUGUGGCGGUAAAUUACUGGCAUGAUAUGGAGUUUGGGGGCAGUUUUUGGCCGUUGUGUGGGUUUGUGAGGGAUGUGGCUGGGGAGGGGAGGUGA